GCCACUACCCCACCCCAAGCCCCCCAUGAUCUGAUCCACAAAGCUCCUGAAAGCCACCACGCCACCUUUGCCUGCACCCAGCCCUUCCUCUGCUCCAAGAAGCCUUUUCUUUGAGUUGGAGUGUUCGCUUGCCCUCCAUCAUCACCAUGAUCCAAGAACUCCUCGGAGGCACGGCCAUGGACCAGCACCAGCUGCAGCAGCUCAAGUGCGCCGGCAACGCCGUGAACCACCACGGCCACGGCUCGCUCCCCAUGGUGCUGCAACCCAUCUCCUCCAACCCGUCCCCCACGUCCUCCUCCACCUCGUCGCGCUCGUCCACGCAGCGGUCGCCCUCGGCCACGUCGUCGCCGCAGGGACAGGGGCAGCAGGGGCCGCCGGGGCAGGAGCAGCCGCCGCUGCGGUGCCCCCGGUGCAACUCCUCCAACACCAAGUUCUGCUACUACAACAACUACAACCUCACCCAGCCGCGCCACUUCUGCAAGACGUGCCGCCGCUACUGGACCAAGGGCGGCGCGCUCCGCAACGUCCCCAUCGGCGGUGGCUGCCGCAAGCCGCGCCCCAUGCCGGCGCCCGUCGCCAAGGCGCAGCCCUCUUCGUGCAAGUCCAUGCUCAGCAUGGCCGUCGCCACCGCGCCGUCCCUCGGCCUCGGCAUGGGCGUGGGCGGCGGCAUGUCCUGGGCCUCCGCGCCGCAGACCGCCACCGCGCAGCUCAUGGCGCUGCUCAACAGCGCCAGGGCCGGCUACACCGGCAGCAACAUGCACAGGCUUCUCGGCCUGGACACCAUGGGGCAGCUCCAGAUCAUGCCGGGGUCGGCCAACGGCGGGCCGGGCAUGUCGCCGUCGCUGUGGUCGCAGACCACGCAGCGGCCGACCAUGCCGCCGCCAGCAAUGCACCUCGACUCGCACCUCAGCAUGGGCUCACUGGGGCUGGGACAGGGCCACGGCCACCACAACCUGCUGUCAGGGCUCGAGCUCAAGCCGCCCUCGUCUUCGCCGUCGCCCUCCUCGCUCGCGGCGAGCUACUACAGCGACCAGCUGAACGCGGUGGUGAGCAACGGCGGCGCAGGGCGCCCCCACCCGUACGACAGCCCCGCGUCGUCCUACCCUUGCAGCACCGCCAUGUGCGCCCUCCCGCCGUCCGCGUCGACCGUCUCGGCGGCGCCGAGCAGCCACAGCGUAGGAAUGGAGCAGCAGCCACCCGCGAUGUCGCUCGGCACGCAGGAGAUGCAGAUGCAGUACUGGAGCGGCGGCCCGGCCUCGAUGAUGUCGUGGCCGGACUUGCCCACUCUCAACGGCACCUUCCCAUGAUCGACCUCGACAAACAGCCGGCCGGCUGUUACAUGCAUGAUGACAACAAUAGUGUAGCUCAGCCCAGUCUUACCGUAGCUCGAUC